AUGUAUCGAUCAAGCAGGCAUGUGGAGAAACUGUCGACCACACUCGAUGAAUUCAGGGGAGUGCUUGACAAGCUCUUCCCUGGCAUUCCAGCGGAGACCCUGGUCAACUUGCCUCGGGACAAGCUUCUGGAGCUGACAGGCAAGGGGCCUUCCCAGAUGCAGACGCAAGCGCCACACCCGGCAUCCCCAGCAACCUCGGCAUCGGUAGAGGCUCACGCAUCGCCAGCAUCCAGCGAAGACGGCAAUCUCGAGUCUCUACAGACAAUACCUGAUCACACAACUGAUGAUCGUGAAUUGAAAGGUUCUGAGCUAACGAGUACCGUAUCCGACGACGUUAACGCUUUAUCUCUCUCGGCCAAACAGCCAUCUUCCUAUUUGGGUGUCUCUUCCAUCCAUGCUGUGCUAAAGGUAAUAGUAUGGCUGGAGCCGAGCUCUCUCUCUCAUUUGUCUCGCGCACCCGCCACAGGAGUCCGUCGAGAAUCUGUCAUGGACAUUGCAUCUCCAGAGGCCCAGGCCUGGCAGGUUUUUGGGUCACAGCCCCAUCAUGGCACGUCCACCCAUAGCCCACUCCAGGUUCCCGAGACUCAACUGCUCGAUGCUUACUUCACCUACUUCCAACCUUUUGUUCCAAUGCUGGACGAACAAUAUUUUCGCCAAACGUAUCUUUCUGCGCGCAGGAAAGACAAGCAAUGGCUCGCGUUACUUAACAUUGUCUUUGCUUUGGGCAGCAUAGCAGCCACCCCGGCCGACGACAUGUCCCAUCAAGCAUAUUAUAUGCGGUCUAUGAGCCAUUUGAAUUUGGAAAGCCUUGGAUCACCACACGUGGAGACUAUCCAAGCUCUGGGCCUCAUGGGUGGCUAUUACCUUCACUAUAGCAGCCAACCCAACCUCGCGUACUCCAUGAUGGGAGCCGCGUUGCGCAUGGCGGCUGCUCUGGGGCUACAUAAGGAAGUGUCAGAUGGCCAGUAUGGCAAUGGCAGGAAUAGGCUAUCUUCAGUUGACCAUAAACGUCGGGUAUGGUGGUCUCUUUUCUGUCUGGACACGUGGGGUGGCAUGACCUUGGGACGGCCAAGCAUGGGUCGGCUGGGUCCAGCAAUCACCGUUAAGCUACCACAUUACAGAGAAACAGGCAAUGUGCUCGACCUUCUACCACUUUUGGAAAAUGUUCGCUUUUGCAAGAUCGCGACACAGAUACAGGAGGUCCUGGCCGUGGCACCGCUGACAAAACCUCACGAAAUGGCACAUCUUGAUAGCCAGCUUUUGGAAUGGUAUGAUAACCUUCCUUAUAUUCUUAAAGACCAUGAGCCAUGCUCUGAGUCGAUUGCGAUCACGAGAACCGUCAUGAAGUGGCGCUAUUACAACCAACGCAUGCUCUUGUAUCGCCCCACCCUGCUCAGCUAUGCCAUGCGCCGCGUACCAUACAUUGUGCUCAGGUCUGAAGAAAGGACGGCAAUUGAAAGAUGUAGGGAGAUUGCCGAGGCUACCAUACAAGAUGUAGCCGCCAAGGCACAAUUCCAUCAGAUGUCAGGCUGGAACGCAGUAUGGCUUAUCUUCCAGGCUGCUAUGGUCCCUCUUCUAGGCUUGUUUCUCAAUGAUGGUACGGUUGAUGAUCCAAGAGCGACAGCUGAAGCGUGCCAGGCUCAAGUGGAAACAACAAUGCUUGUCCUGGAGCGCUUGGAACCUUGGAGUCCAGCCGCCAAAUCAACGCUCGAGGCUGUUUCCCGAAUAUUUGAGGCUGGUAAACGUGGCCCCAGCGUCAUCGGGGAAGCCCACAGCAUUAACAGCGGUAGCUGUGUAACGUCUACUGAAGAGACUCUUGGCGCAGUUCCUGGGGUAUCUCCGAUGCAAGUCGACUUUGGUCGCGCUAUUCCACACGACAGUGGAUUUGUCGACCCAUUUGAACCCCAGUUUAUCAAUGAUUCUGCUGGACAGUAUCUAUGGGACUUUCUUAGUUGGAGCGAUAGCAACUUGUUGCAGGGUUUGGCUGAUAUUGACAAUGUCAACAAUGGACCACUGUUUCCCCAGGAGGAGAGAAAUGCAAAGUAUGGAUCCAGCGACACUGCGUUUUUUGGAGGCCAAUUGGGAGAUUCAACAUUUUUUAUCAAUUCAGGGCCGUCCUUCUACUAG